UCGAGUAUAGUCGUGGACGAAUGUCAUAUUGAGCGAUUCCCGACGUUUGACAGAUGGACACCUUGAUAACGGCCGAUAGUGAAUAGAAAUUAUUAGUUUUGAAAAUGUGGGAAGGAUAUUUGUUGACGUGUUGUUUCCUAUUCGUGAUUUCUUUCAAGCUCACGUGUUGUUACAAUGAGAAAGGAAAGUAUGCGUUGCUUAUGCCGAAUGUCCGGCCGAACAGACCUGAAUUAUAUCUGUGCACUCCAGUGAGAGUAGAUUUUACACAAAGUUAUUAUAUCACGGGUUUUGAGCCAAAUGCAACAAUGGCAACUGCGCAUCACAUACUUGUUUACGGCUGUAUCAAACCCGGCAGUUCAAAACCAGUGUGGGAUUGUGGAGAAAUGACUUCCUCCUUAAGCAGAGAUACAGCAUCUCCUUGCAGUAAAGGAUCUCAAAUUAUAUAUGCAUGGGCAAGAGAUGCUCCUAAGUUGGAUUUACCAAAUGGAGUGGGCUUCCAAGUCGGUGGCGAUUCUCCCAUACAAUAUAUCGUUCUACAGGUGCAUUACGCACACAUCGAUCGUUUUAAGGAUGGCAGUACAGACGAUUCAGGUGUAUUUCUGCAUUAUACAACGCGACGAUUAAACAAAUUGGCCGGUGUUAUUCUAUUGGGCACAGGUGGUUUCAUACCUCCCAGACAAACGGAACACAUGGAGACAGCUUGCCUUAUAAAAGAGAAUAAAACUAUUCAUCCGUUUGCUUAUAGAACGCAUACUCAUUCGUUAGGAAAAGUAGUUUCAGGCUACGUUGUAAAACCGAAUUACGAAUGGAUCGAAAUCGGUAAGAGGGAUCCAUUGACUCCUCAGAUGUUUUAUCCUAUAACUAACAAAGUGCCAAUCACGUUCGGCGAUAGACUGGCAGCUCGCUGCACAAUGGAAAGCACACGUAACAGACCCACGUAUAUAGGUAGUACGAACGAGGAUGAGAUGUGUAAUUUAUAUGUCAUGUAUUACGUGGAGAAUGACACUCCACUAACGCAAAAGUACUGUUUUACCAGUGGACCACCUUUAUAUUAUUGGAAUCAAGAGCUAGUUAAUAUUCCCGAUGAAGAGGCAUCUUCGUUAUAAUACAUUCUGAUCUGUGUCAUAUCUGACACCUUAAUCGGUUUUUGUUUUUCUGUGGAGUAUUCAGUAAAAUGAUAAACGCAGACUAUUUGAACAUAUUCCCCGGUGAAAUGACAGCUUUUUUUUUUUUUUUUGUAUCAGACCGUCCUCUAAUAUUAUUAAUGUAGAAUAGAUGUUUUAGUAUUUUGAUAUUUUAAUUUUAAUAUUUAUUCUUUUUUAUGAUGCAAUUGCUUAUAAAAACACAUGCUUCCAGUUUGUUUUUUUAGAUUUGUUGAUAAUAUAUUUAUAUAUUUUUAUCGAACAUUAUUUAGAAAAUCUAGCUCUAUAUCUCAGUAGGUUGAAAUUUGUUAUUUGUCUGACAUAUAGACGAAAAGUGUUUCCUAACUUUCGACUUUCAAAGAGAUUGAAAUAGAAGUACUGUGGACAGGGUACGUUGUACUUAAUUUACAUAAUUACUUCUCUGAAAGAUUUGACACUUUUUUUUUAAUUGUAAAAGUGCAAUUAUUUUUUCGUGUGAUUUCUAAAGUGAUUGUUUAAACUGUUGUAAUUUGUACUCUAAAUAGUCAAACACUGUGCAAAUGCAAUAUGCGAAAUUUUUGUGACAGAAACUAGUCUACUUAUUUUACAUCUACUUAUUUGAUUCUGUUUUAUCAAUAUACUUAGUAAAAGAUUACGUGUUAACAUUAAUAAUUUAAUUUCAAAUCUGUGUGUGUUGUGUUUAUUUAUUUAACUCAAGUUAUUAUACGCAUAUGUUAUAUUUCCGAGCGCCAUGCGAAUAUAUUUUCAUAAGUAAACUUAGGCCUACUGUUUCAGUUAAUAUUUAUGAGUAUGCGUUAUUUAUCGUUAAUGUUAUUGAAGACAAUAUGCAACGCAUCGUUAUGUUAACAAGAAUUAUACCACAGACUUACAUGAUACACUCUUACGUAUAUGAUUAAUUUUAAGUAAUUUAAUCUUUUGCAAUCUCAUGUUUGAGAUAAACUCAUUUUAUGACAUUAAUGUUUUACGAUUUUUUCGUAACAUUUCCGAGUAUAAGUCCUAAUUAUUUCAGUUAAAGUAUAUAUGGACCGUAAAAGGUUAAAGAAGUUUUUUUUUUUAAACUAGUGUACUUAAAUAUAUAAUUUAUUUUCAUACAUUCUAAAACUUCCGAAAAAAGGUCGGAAAUCUUCGUAAAAAAAUACAGUCCUUUCCACUUCCAGUGUUUAGUAUAAAUGUAUAAUAUCUAUGUAUAUUUUACUUAAGAAGACCAGAUUUUUCAGAAUAAUACGCGACCAACCGACGUGUAACAUUAAAACCUAAUUAUUGUGUUAGUGCAUGCAGUUUUCGAUUUUAAUCAGUAACUUACAAAGAAGAAUAUCUUUCAAAUUGAUGAUUUCUUCCGGGCGAAGCGUCAAGUAAAUCAAUAAAAAUAAAAAUCUUUUUUAUGUA